AUGAGAACGCCUAAUAUGAGGAGUCCUACAUUCAUCUUUCUGGUUGCAUUGCUUGUCUGGUCUUCAGGAAAUGAAACUUGCGGUGCUAGAAUAGUCAAGCACUGGAGAGGAAGCAAAGCAAUUCCACCAUCCCUUUCAAAUAAGAAAGGUGAUAAUGAUGCCGAUAGCCAAUAUCCAACAAGGUUGAUGGAAGAGAGUUUCACUGCACAAGGAAAGGCUUCAACUACUACUUUUAAUGUAAUAGACUAUGGUGCUAAAGGUGAUGGAACUACGGAUGACACAAAGGCAUUUGAAGCAGCAUGGGCAUCUGCUUGCAAAGUGGAGGCAUCAACAAUGGUGGUUCCAUCAGGGUCUGUCUACCUAGUCAAGCCCAUCUCUUUCUCAGGACCCAACUGUGGAUCAAACAUCAUAUUUCAGGUGGAUGGCAAAAUUAUUGCUCCUACAAGCCCUGGGGCUUGGGGUUCGGGUCUACUUCAAUGGCUCGAAUUUACGAAGCUUACAGGGAUUACAGUCAAGGGCAAAGGUGUUAUUGACGGGCAAGGCUCAGUCUGGUGGAGUGACUCAUCCACAGAAAAUCCAACAGAAGAAUCAGAAUCAGUCUCUCCACUCAAAGAUUCAACUUAUGAGAGCUCGCCGGCUCUGGUAAGUAGUGAGGCCACAGGGAAAAUGCCCAGCACCAAGCCAACAGCAAUCAGGUUCUAUGGGAGUUCUGACGUGACAGUGACUGGCAUAACAAUUCAAAACAGUCCUCAGACUCAUCUCAAGUUCGACGACUGCACAGCUGUUCAGGUUUUUGGCAUGACAGUUUCAUCCCCAAGUGACAGUCCUAACACCGAUGGAAUCCACCUUCAGAACUCCCAAGAUGUGGUAAUCCACAACACUAAUGUUGCUUGCGGAGAUGAUUGUGUCUCCAUACAAACUGGGUGCUCUGGCAUAUUUAUUCACAACAUGAAUUGUGGACCUGGGCAUGGGAUCAGCAUUGGAGGGCUAGGAAGGGGAAACACCAGGGCCUGCGUCUCAAACGUCACCAUCCGAGACACCACAAUGCACAAUACAUUGACUGGUGUAAGAAUAAAGACAUGGCAGGGUGGCUCAGGGUUAGUGCAAGGAGUCAUGUUCUCCAACAUUCAAGUUUCAGAAGUUGAAAUCCCUAUCAUGAUUGAUCAGUUCUACUGUGAUGGGAGCAAAUGCCAGAACAAGACUUCAGCUGUGGCUGUGUCGGGCAUAUCCUAUCAAAAUAUAAGAGGAACCUAUACACUGAAACCUGUUCACUUUGCAUGCAGCGACAGCUUGCCAUGCACAGGUGUAACAUUAAACACCAUAAAUCUAACACCAAUACAGGAAAAGAACCACUUGUAUGAACCCUUUUGCUGGCAGACUUAUGGAGAAUUGCAAACAACCACCACACCUCCAAUAAAUUGUUUGCAAAUUGGCAAGCCAUCAAACAACCAAGUUCAGAACAGUAAUGGUUCCUGCUGAACUCAGCCAGGGGUAUCAAAGAACUGUCUGAGAAGUUGCCACAAUUUCCAAACCAUAAUAUGCUAGAUGAUAUACACUUAAUGUAGGAGCACGAGUGUAGACGUUUUCUUACAGAUAAAAUGUAGAAGUUCUUGCCAUCAUAAGGGUUCUGUUCCCCAUGGAUACAGCUUUUGCUAUUGCAAGACAGAUCUUAUUCUAUAAAGCUCUACACUAGCCUUUAAGAAUUUGACCUGUACUGCUUUGAUGUCAGAGAUAUUAUACAUGAGCAUACUAGCCAAAAGUACGUGAACCUGUAAACCCCUAUCCUUCAGAUGAUUAAUCAGUCUCAUUGUCAGGUAUAAUACCUGAAUCAAUAGUGAUAUGCAAUAGCACAUUACAAAAUUCAACACACCAACUUGGAAUAAGGAAAGUGGAAAGCUACAUUCCAGGCUUUGGGAUAUAUUUGAGAGAAAGUAUAAACACAGCCAAGACAACUACAUAACAUGCUAACUAACAUACAAGAGUAGACCGUGCUGACCAAAUGUAUCCGCAAAUAU